AUCUGGCUACGGCAAGAUGUGAAAAGGGAUGUUUGGCAAACGUGUUUAUGAGAACAGUGUACUCUCAUCUCCCUUGGAAGGUUUUAGGUCUUCUGCUGGCUCGCCGUCCAAUCCCAGAUUCAGCCAUGUCAAUCACAGAGUAUGAUGAUUAUUAUGGAGAAAAUGGGACAGACUACAGUACAGAUUCUGUUGCAUCCCCGUGCUCACAGGAAGACAUCUAUGGUUUUGCAGAAAAGUACUCCCCUGUGGUAUACAGCCUGGUGUUCGUCUUGGCAGUUGUUGGCAACGUGCUGGUGCUGUGUGUGAUCAGACGCUACAGAAUCUCUCAGAGUGGUGGAGCUUGUGCCUUUUCCUUAACAGACACCUUCCUCCUUCACCUGGCCAUUUCUGACCUUCUGCUGGCCUUCACUCUGCCCCUGUUUGCAGUGCAGUGGGCUCACCACUGGAUGUUCGGCUUGGCUGUUUGCAAGAUCUCAGGUGCUCUCUUCUCCCUAAACCGGUACAGUGGCAUCCUCUUCCUGGCCUGCAUCAGCUUUGACAGGUACCUGGCCAUCGUUCACGCCAUCAGCUCAAGUUGGAAACGAAGCACAUGCCAUGCUCAGUUUGCAUGUGCCAUCAUCUGGGCAGUCUGUCUGGGCUUGAGUGGAAUUGACAUUUACUUUAAACAAGUGGAGAUGAUAGACAUUGUCGGUCAGCAGAGGGGGCCCGUGUGCCAGGUGUGGUUCACUGAAAACCCUUUACAGUGGCAGGUGGGGCUGAAGUUUGUCAGUGUAGUUCUGGGUUUUGGGGUUCCCCUCCUUGUUAUGCUCUACUGCUACAUCCGGAUCUUCAGGUCUCUGUGCAAUGCCUCUCGCCGCCAAAAGCGCAAGUCUCUCCGCCUCAUCAUCUCCUUAGUGUCUGUAUUUGUAAUCUGUUGGGCUCCAUACACCUGCUUCCAGCUGGCAGAUAGUCUGCUAAAGCUGGGUGUGUUAAGUGAAUCCUGUGAGCUUGGCUAUGUGCUUGACGUUGGAACUCUGAUCACUGAAAGUCUGGGGCUGUCACACUGUGCCCUCAAUCCUCUGCUGUACGGCUUUGUAGGAGUGAAAUUCAGGCGGGAGCUAGUCAGAAUGUGUAAGGGGCUACUGGGACAGAGGAGCUGGCUGGCAAUGGAAGGGUGGCGAGAGCGAAGGCUUCGAAAAGCCACGGGAUCGUUCAGUUCUGCAGAGAGUGAAAACACCUCCUAUUCUGUCAUGGUGUGAUUUUAGUCAGAGAUACAUAAAGAGAAAGGAAGGUGAAAAUAUAUUUUUGUGGUUUUGGGUGUGAAGAUUGUAUAGUAAAGUGAGGUGAAAACUGAAAUAAAAUGUUCUCAAAAUUAUUUGCUACAUGUUAUUGGUGCUUUGCCAAGUUUUUGGAAGUCUGCAGUUUGUAUUGUUUUGAUUUCUUUUGUGUGUGACAUGAGCCAUGGAGUAAAACCAAUUGCAAAAUGCUGAUGGUGUCACAAAAUAUUUCUUGCUAACUUACUGUGAAAUUUUUGAUUUCUACAUACUCCUAAAAAGCUUGAUCAGCAGUAUUGGGUAAAGUUUGCAUAAGUACUCAGAGUCAGAUCUCAUGUAUUUAUUCCCAGUAGAUUGUAAAUUUUAAAAAGAUUUUAAAUUUAUGUCAUA